AUGUGUUCAUCACCCAGAGAAAUCAGCGGUCCCGUCUGCUUCUCUUGUGCUGCAGCGCCCUCCAGUGGCAUUGUGGUUGAGAUGGCGUCCCCCAAAUACAAGGGUUUUGCCAAGAAAAAGUCCAUUUCAGAACCUCAUGUGAUCUUCAGCACUUUGGGAAACGAGAAUGACGAUCUGAAGAAAACCCUGGUUGAGCCGUCUGGUCAACAUUCACAACACAAUAAGCUGCUAGAGAGAGUCCUCUCUCUUAAAACUGUAAGGCUGGACAGUUGUGAGCAGCUCCCGCCCAAAGACGAGAAGAUUGCUUUGCUGAGUAAGAAAGACGAGAAUCAGAUGGAUGCAGACUCUGCAUCAGAUGAAUGGGCCUCAGCCAGCACUGCGAUAGAGCUCCAAAAUCGCCUCAGUGAUGCCUUGGAGAAGAACAAGCAGUGGCUGGAAUAUGACCAGCAGAGAGAGGCCUAUGUGAGGGCAACUCUGGCCAGAAUGUUAUGGCUGGAGACGCAGCUGAACGAAGCCAAUCAGGCCCUCUCACAGAAGCACAAUGAGGACCAUUCAGAUGAGAAGGAGCGGAUAAGGCAGAUGCAGGAGCACUAUGAAAGACUCUUACAGAAAGCCAAAGAGCAGCUAGACGUGCUCAGAGAGGAGCUCGAUAUGUCCCACCAGAACCUAAUAAUAAACCAAAACUGGUGCAAGGAGAGGGAGAGUGAGGUGAAAGAGCUCAGGCAACGGCUGCAGACUGUAAUUACGAACAGCAAAUGCAUACCGACAGGUCAUCAUUGCUCUGACGAUGAAGACCCCUGGCUGACUGCUCAGAGCGAAGACCUCCAGUGCAAACUGGAUGAGGAAAAGCGCAAGUCUGCUAACUUUGAGCUGCAGUCGAGUCUCUUUCAGAAGUUUCUGUUAAAUCGUCACCGUGCAGACCAGGAGAAGAUUGCAGACUUGGAGCGACAGAUCAAGAUUUCUUCACAAGACCUUGAGGACGAAAAGCAGAAUUGUUUGUAUUUAAAGAAGCAAAUGCUCAGACUUCUGAAGACACAAAAACCUAAAGACCGUGUGACCAAACAGCCAAAGCGUGAGCAGCAGGAUCAAUCCUCAGAAGAAGAGGCACACCCACCCUCUCUGUGCUCCAGAGGUAGCCUCAUGUCUUCCACUCACAGCAGCUUGCUGAAUGAAAGCUUCCUGGAGUGUCCCAGUUGCCAGGCCCAGUUUCCUGCCAGUAACUACAGAGAUCUGAUGAUCCACCUAGAAAUCUGUCUAAACUGAGCCGAGUAAAAGAAGAACAUCAAGCUCUGUAUCUUGUGUAGUAUGGAUUGUUUUUUACCUACAAUGUGUCACCAGAGCUCCACGUUCUCUUAAUA